AUGUCCCUGCCGCUGCGCUUCACGCACAUCAGCUCCCCCUUCUCCUGGAUCAUCUCUCGCGAUUUCCAACUGGACCUCUACACGAAGGAAACAUCAGCUACACAGCUUCCCCCGGUGCCCUCUGAUGACAUCACCCGCGCCGCCGUCACUCAUCCCAACCCCCUGCUGCUGUCUCCACGGCCCAAAGGCCUUCCAGUAAACGACCCCCAGCUCAGCCAGCAGGUGGCCCUUACCCUCCCCCACCCCCUGGCGUCCAAGACGACUUGGCAGCCUCCUCAGUCCUUCACGAAGCCUUCGCCCCUGCUUCAAUUCCUCCUCAACAAUCUUCGGCUUCCAUAUCCCAAACCACUGAGCUUCAGGCCCCAGAUCCGUCUAACCCUUCCUACCACAAUCUGCUUUCUGCUCUUCUUCCCUCCUCAUCUUUUCCCAUCCCCGGUGUCCAACAUGGCAUCAGUCAUCCCGUGCCUUCGGCCCUGGGUUCCAACCUCGCCUUUACUCAAAAAGGACUUUUCUCUCCAAACAGCUGUUCCUCUCCCAGCUCCUCCUAACGCACUAAAUUUUAGUCCUCCUCCCAUUCCCUUUUCACUCCGGCAGCAAAUUUUACGAGGUGCGGAUGUCAAUCUAGCUCACCUUCUCUCUUCCUCCACUUAUAACUCUGAUUCCAGAACAGUCGACUGUGGCUCGAUUUCCGUUACUCUCAAAUCUUCUGACCCUCAUUCUGCUUCAGUCCUUGGAAUUUCCAACUUCUGCUUGGCUUUCAACAUUUUUCGCGACAUCAUGUGCUCCGCCUUUCCCAAACGUUGUAAGGAACUUGACGAUUACAUGCACAUCAUCCUCGAUCAAUCUGUCCUUUUAGAGGGCUCCCUGUUCUACUAUUACCACAAGCAGUUCUCGGCCAAGGCCGCUGCCCGCCUACUCCAAUGGAACCAGCGCACCUACUGGGGAGCCCUCGACAUUGAGCUUUACUGCCGCACUUUCGCCGACAUCAGAGCUCUUUCCUGCGACUUCUGUUCGUCUUGGACACAUCCAUCAAAUCUUUGCCCAAAUACCAUCCCUGACUUUGCCCCUUCUCCCCCUCAGCAUCAAUUCUCCCGCCAGGUCUUCUUCAAACCUUCCCAGUCCAGAGACAUUCGCGGUCACCCCAUUGUGAUGAUCAGAGGCCAACAAAUUUGCAACAACUUCAAUUCCUCAACACUGGUCCGUAAGUAUUCCGGUAAAAAACGCCUUAUAAUCGACUUGUCAGCCCCCCAUAACUCCCGCGUGCCAAGUCUCAAUAGCCUUAUUCCCAGUUCAGACUUCUCCGUCCACUAUGCCACAAUUGACCAUGCCAUUUCUCUCAUUAAAAUCAUAGGUCCGGGUGCCUGGCUCGCUAAGGCCGACAUCUCUAGUGCCUUUAAAGUUAUGCCUCUCGACCCAGACUUCUGGCACCUCUUCUGGGUUCAUUGGCAGAACAAGUUCUUCUUCCCAGUCCGCCUUACUUUCGGAUGUAGGAGUAGCCCAAAAAUUUUCGAUACCUUAGACGAAGCCCUCUGCUGGAUCCUCUUGAAUAUCUAUAGGCUUCCUUUUCUUGUCCACCUUUUCGACGAUUUCCUUACCAUAGAUUUUCCCCACUCCACACCUGCAAAAGCCUCCUCCACACUUAUUUCUGUUUUUAGGAAACUAGGGGUACCUCUCGCCACGGACAAAACAACCGGCCCCUCUCAUAUAAUCCAAUUCCUUGGGAUCACCCUCAAUUCCAUCAAUUUCUCCGCCUCCCUGCCUCGCGACAAGAUCGACAGGAUCCAGACGUAUAUAUCUACCUAUUCUUCUGCCAAAUCUUGCACAAAGAGGGAACUUCUCUCUCUGCUCGGCCACCUCAAUUACGCCAUGCGUAUCAUUCCCCAAGGACGGUAGUUCAUCUCCUACCUUCUCGACCUCGCCUCUUCCGUGUCCUCUCUUUACCACCACGUAAGCUUUUCUGCCGACUACAAAUCCGAGCUCAGGCUUUGGCAACUUUUCUUGGUCAACUGGAAUGGCAUAUCUGUCUUCUACAAUGACUUCCUCUCCGACGCCAAGGAUAUCCAGCUUUUCACAGACGCAGCCCCCUCAGUCGGUUUCAGAGGCUAUUACAAAGGCCAAUGGUUCGUGGCCCCUUGGCCUCCUGAAUUCUCUUCAAUCCGUCUCGCCGACCAGUCAUUGGCCUUGUUCGAAAUAUUUCCAAUUGUCGUUGCCACUUCUCUUUGGGGCCACAAUUGGAAACAAAAAUCCAUCCUUAUCCAUUCGGACAACUAUGCGGUAGCCCAUAUAAUCAACAAAGGAAGGUCUUCAUCCCGAUCUAUCAUGAAAUGUCUCCGUCGCUAAUGGAUUUCUCUCAAACAUCAAUUCAUCCUCGUAGCUGUUCACAUUCCAGGCCACCUUAAUGAGAUAGCUGACUCUCUCUCUCGCUUUCAAUUUCAGAAAUUCAGGAACUUGGCACCAGAUGCAAGACUGAACCCAUGCACACUACCUCCCUAUUUGGAACUCACGUUCCUCUGA